CUCCCGUCCCUCCUGUCCCGACUUUUGCUGCAGCCAUGCAGCCUCCCAAUGUCCUCAAAGCCCUAGAAGGAGUCUUCGCUAAGGCCCUUGCAAGCCAGGCACCUGGGGGAAACACCGUGGCGGCCACGAAGAACCCCGGCAACACUCUGCUUCAGACCCCCGACAAGGAGGCCGGGGAGCAAAAGAAGAAAAAACCUGCCAAUUCCAAGACGACGGCUCAGUCCCCCAACCGCUACGCCCUAGAACGACGUGAGAAAAGCGCAAGACCGGUGCCCACCGAGCAGACUGGGGAAAGCCAGCCAGACCGGAGCCUGCAGGUCAUACGUCGCUCCUCAAUUGCGAAUAUCGUCCAAGGCGAGGACGAGAGCCUGAAAGACUACAUCACUAGGUUCAAUGACCGAGUCCAAAAUAUGGAGCAGUGCCACCUGGAGACCCUACUCGUUUCUGUGCAAGCCGGCCUGAGGCUGAAAACUCUGUUCAAUUGGUCCCUGUGCCAGAACAAACCAACCACCUACCAGGAAUUCUUCACCAAGGCCCAAAAUUACAUUAUAGCAGAGGAGUCCUCAUCCAUCCCGGUGUUGGAUGUAGCAUCAAGCAAGGAUGAAAAUAAGGAGAAAUCAGGCAAGCCCGGCAAGUCAUUCGCUGAGGUCCGGGCCAUGAGAAGGCAGAGAGCUGAGGAGCUCAAAGAAAGCUUCCAGGGCAUCUUCUCUGUGGGUGUCGCCGCAGUCUACGAGGAAAUCAAAACAAAAGGGUUAUUGCCUGACACAAAACUCAUGUUCACCGACAAAGACAAGGUGGACAAGUCCCGAUACUAUACCUAUCACAAGGCUCACGGACAUAACACAGACCAGUGCCGUAACUUGAUCGACGCAUUCCUGUUCGACCACCCCCACUCAGACGCCCUGGUGAUCACGGCCCCAAUAAUGGCGAUAAAAAUCGACCGUAUAAUGGUCAACACCGGGGCCUACGCGAGUAUCCUGUACUAUAGCACAUUCAAGAAGAUGGGGAUCGAAAGAAAGGAGGUGCAUCCCUGCCGAGAGUGGAUCCAGGAGUUUAAUGGACAAAUGACGACCCCCGUUGGUCAAGUAACGUUGCCGAUCAGGUUUCGAGAGAAGGGGCAGCCCACGCGGAUGAUACUGGAAACUUUCAAGAUAGUGGACUGCCCGAGUGAAUACAACGUCAUCCUGGGCAGGACGGCGCUCUAUAAGCUGAGGGGUGCC